AUGGCUAAAUGCAUCAAGAAUGUUGGCAUCAUUGGUAAAUAUGGGACCCGUUACAGUGCCUCCCUCAGGAAAAUGGUGAGGAAGAUUGAAAUAAGCCAGCACGCCAAGGAUACUUGCUCCUUCUGGGGCAAAACUGAGAUGAAAACAUGGCAUUGUGGUUCCGGCAUGAAAACAGUAGCAGGUGGUGCCUGGGCCUGUGACACCACUACUGCCUUCACACUCAAGUCAGCCAUCAGAAGGAGACUGAAGGAAUUGAAAGACCAGUAG